GUGUUGCAUGUCCCACCCAAUAUGGGGGCUGAAGGUUGGUCCACGACGGUGAACUCCAUCCCUCAUAAUGGCGGGUGCCUGCGAACUCUUCCAGCCUCGCAGCCUGGAAGCCUCACAAAACAAUGGCUCCUCUCCCAGACUCCACGGUACGCGUCGCGAACGGCGCAACGACUGAGAUAGCUCCUGCCAACGCAAACCCACUCCCAGGCAAGAGCAUAAAUGCCGACUUCCAGAUACGAUAUGUUGAAGACGAGCCUAGGCGCAAUGAGCCGGUUCCCCAGAAUGGCGAACCUCUUGUAGAGACCACGCCUGGCAAGGAAGAUGACGCCAGCUCCAACGCAGAAGCACAGAAGAACUGGUGGGCCGAGGCCAUUGCAAAGAACAUGGACAUUGCAGAUGGCUACACCAAAGUCGCAGUGCUUCUGAUCAAAUGGGCAGACCAUCUGGACGAGCUAAGAACUGCUGACGAGGCCCAAGAACUCGAAUCCCUCUUCCGCGACCGCUUUCACUACCAGACCAAGAUCGUCGAAUUGAACAUACGAAAGAAGCCACAGCAUCAGCUCGACAACCACAUCAGCCAGUUCAUUUGCGAGCAUGACGGGACACAGAGUCUACUCAUCGUCUAUUAUACGGGACACGGUAUCUUCCAAAAGGCAACCAAAACUCUGGAGCUUACGGGAACCCAAGAUCCUUCCAAGGAGACGGGCUUUAGCACUGUAGCCCGAGCCACUUGGAACAAGGCUGAGGAGCAGCUGCGUCAUGAAGAUGUUGAGGCCGAUGUACUGACUAUUCUGGAUACUUGCUACGCCAGCAAUCUCGUAAAGUCCAGCAGGCAGGAAGAGAAGAAGUUCGAGCUACUGAGCGCUUGCCACUUCGACGAAACUACUGCCGCACCCGGACCAAACUCGUAUACCCGCGCUUUCAUCGACGCUGCCAAUGAGCUCCUUGACAAAGACCCCAAGCGUCCGAUAUCUACCUUCAGCCUGACGCAACGCAUCAACCAAGACCCGAGACGGAUCGAUACACCUUCCCAACUUUGGGGCCGUAGUCGUAACCCUCAGCCAAAUCAAGAGCACAUAUUCUUGACACCUUUCGGACCAGAGAAAACUGAUGCUCUACAUCAGUACCGCCCAAGGGCCAAAGGCUUUCUGACCCUACGGUUUGGUCUUCGCGACGCGGAGCUAGACCAAGCACAGAUCGACUACAUGGCCAGACUUCUUACAAAGGCGCUGAACAACAAGGAACGCAUUGGCUUAAGAAGGAUUGAUUGUCUGAAUAUGGAGCCCGCACCACCGAUAUCGCAUUUCGAGCGCGUGACAUCCGUGUUGCGUGUCAGAGCGCAAUGGAAGAAGGUGAUUGCUAGGAACAAGGAGAAAGCGCAAUUGCGGAAUGGCAAUGCCGCAAACGGGUCGAUGAAGCGCAUAUGCGAUGAAUCCGACCAACUACCAGAUGCAAAGAGGCAGCAUCUAGACCCGACGCAUCCGCCAUCACCGCCAGUAUCAGACGCGUAGGAUUGGUUUUUGUUCCUCUUGUUAAUCUUUUUUAGAUCUCGGAUACCCCAUAGGCGCUUGUCGCAAAGUUAAUUUUCCAACCUUUGGUCAGCUCUUACACAAUUAAUACAACUGUAUUCUACUUUAGUCUGUCCGAUGAAGUGUCUUAUGGUGUCAUAUGCUAUACAUCGAUUUGUACAGCACUGUUGUUAGUUGUUGGGCUAAAAUCUGGCGCGACCAUGCGGCGCACUGAAACUGAAGUGGUGC